AUGGGUGCCUCCAGCGCAUACGAACUGGCGCUGGAGGCAAUUGUUCAAUCCACCUGGGAUAUCUCACUGUAUAAGGAGACCCUAGCCGCGCACAAUAAGCUUGCCUCGGCAAACAAUCUUCCCCUGUUGACCGCAAACAAGGACUGGAUCAAUAGUACCCAGGACGAGAUCAAUCACACGCUUGCAAGACUCGAGAACGACCUGAAACACAACACGACUAAUUGUAUUAAGGAUGGGAUCCGGUCCAGUUACCAAGCGCUGGGUGCCCAUUACCGCAAAGUGGGUGACGUUGGGAGCGCUCAUCGAGUGUUCUCGAAGGCUAGAGAACACGCCACAACCGCAUUACAUGCUGCCAAACUCUCCCUCGCCUCCCUCGACCUGGCACUUGACGCUGAAAACUUCAAGCUGGCUCAGAGUCAUGCGGCUAAGGCCCAGGGUGCUCUUGACACCCUCAUUGGAUCCUUGGAGCUCAAGGCCGCAAAAACUAAGACUAGUGGAUCCACAUCCACCGUAGGCAUUGAUUCCCGUGACUUAACCGAGAAAGAUAUUCAACGAUGGUCCAACAGAGUUAAUGUUGUCAAUGCACUCACAUCGCUUGCCCAGGGAGACUUUGGGAGAGCGACGAGCUACUUUCUCAAGGUAGGAAAAGAUUCCGGAGAGAGCACUGGUGGAGAACUGCUGGCGACGGCGACCGACAUAGCGAUCUAUACGACCCUCUGUGGCUUGGCUCAUUUUGAUCAACAGCAGUUGAAAGACCGUCUGAUCAAUAACCUCGAGUUCAGGUCGAUGCUCGACAGCGAGCCCCAGUUGAGACGGAUCUUGAACUUGUUCAGAGAAAAUAAGUACCGCGGCGUGUUUGAGUAUUUGAAAGCCUCUCUGGUUAACGGAGCGCUUAAUGAUGAUGAUUCAGGAACGGGCAUGUUGUUGUCGAGCACGAGCAACAGCUUUGUGCUGCUGGCAAACAAGGCGCAUCCGAAGACAAGUGGCCAGUCUCAUCACACAAGCAUCUCCCUCAUGAAUGGUGACCGCCUCCUGCUCCAACUCUUCCCCUCAAACAAGCGCACCCCGUCAAGUAUCUCCCCGUACGCCCUUCUGCCCCCCCCUCUCCGACCACGAACACACCACGUCACCACACCGCUCUUCGCCGCCAGCCUCGGCCUCGGCCCUGGCCCUCUGCUCCCAAGCUCCCCAACGCCUCCGCCGCGAACCAGAACUUCCAGAAUUCCGAUCCCCUCCCCAACGUUGAGGGCAGAAUGA